ACAACACACACACACUCUUCUUCCCCUUGUUUCUUUGAUGCAUGUGUGUUGUUUUGUUGCAUGUUUUCGAUCCAAUUUUGAAAGAAUAAAUUUUUUAUCACUGAAUACAUAGUUGUUAAAUUUAAUUGAAAUUAUUAUCAUCAUCAAUUCAUUCGAAACUAUAUAUAUAGUGUAAUAAACAAAUUCGAAAAGGUCCAUCGCCAUCAUCAUCAUCAUGUCCGAAAGUAAAGAUAAAGAUUCAUCAACAAUCACUGGUGCCGUUGGUGGUGGUGAUGUGGAAAAGAAUACGAUUGCAACGGAUAUUGUUGUGACUAAAUAUAAAAUGGCAGGUGAAAUGGUCAAUCGUGUAUUGCAACAAGUAUUGGAUAAAUGUGUUGCUGGUGCAAGCAUCAUCGAUAUUUGUGAAUUUGGUGACAAUCAAAUUAAUGAAGAAACGAAAAAAGUUUUUAAAAAAGAAAAAGAAAUUAAAAAAGGUAUAGCUUUUCCUACCUGUGUAUCCGUCAACAAUUGUGUAUGCCAUUAUUCACCAUUGAAAAGUGAUCCAAUUGUCACAUUGAAAGAUGGUGAUAUGGUUAAAGUUGAUCUUGGUGCCCAUAUUGAUGGCUAUAUGGCAUUAGCUGCACAUACAAUUGUAAUUGGUGCCACAAUGGAAAAUCGAAUCAAAGGUAGACAAGCGGAUGCAUUAUUGGCUGCAUAUUAUGGUUCAGAAGUUGCAUUACGUCUGGUACAGCCAGGUAAUGAAAAUAUUGCCGUUACUGAUGCUGUACAGAAAGUAUCAGAUACAUUUAAAUGUAAACCAAUUUCUGGUAUGUUGUCACAUCAAACAAAACAAUAUCAAAUGGAUGGUGGCAAAACAAUCAUACAGAAUCCUACCGAUAUACAACGUAAAGAACAUGAAAAAUGUGAAUUUCUUGUUCAUGAAGUGUAUGCCAUCGAUGUUCUUAUCACUACUGGUGAUGGAAAGACAAGAGAAAUGGAUUCAAAGACAACCAUUUAUCGAAAAACUGAUGAAAAUUAUCAGCUAAAAAUGAAAGCAUCACGUGUACUAUUUUCGGAUAUUGAUAAAAAAUUUGCCAACAUGCCAUUCACAUUACGUGCAUUGGAUAAUGAACAGAAAGCACGUAUGGGUGUUGUUGAAUGUGUAAAACAUAAAUUAUUAGAACCAUAUAGUGUACUAUAUGAUAAAGAUAAUGAAAUGAUCGCUCAGUUUAAAUUUACUGUAUUAUUGAUGCCAUCCGGUUCACAUAAAAUUACUGGCCUAUCAUUUGAUCCAUCUAUAUGUGAAUCUGAAUAUUCUAUUGAAGAUGAAUCAUUGAAAACAAUUCUGGCAAAAGGUUUGACGAACAAAACGGCUAAAAAGAAGAAAAAAUCUAAAUCAUCAUCAACAACAACAAAAAAUGCCGGUGAUGGAAAUGAUGAUGCUACUACUACUGCUGCUGCUGCUGCUGAUGCUGAAAAUGGUGGUUCAUCAUCAUCGAACAAAUGA